CCAUGGCCCCAAGCAGGGCACUGCUGCUGCUGCUGCUCUUGCCGCCACAGCUGCAGCUGGCAUGGGCGCUGGCAGCCAGGGCCCUGGGGAACGGCCGGAGCAGCAGCCCUGAGCUGAGCCCCGAGGAGAAUGAGUUCCUGGAGGAGGAGCCGGUGCUUGUGCUGAGUCCUGAGGAGCCUGUGGCCGGCCCACCAGAGACAGACUGUCCUCGAGAGUGCACUUGCUCACAGGAGGGCGUUGUGGACUGUGGCGGCAUCGACCUGCGCGAGUUCCCAGCAGACCUGCCCCAGCGCACCAACCACCUGUCCCUGCAGAACAACCAACUGGAGAAGAUCUACCCAGAGGACCUAUCCCGGCUGCACCAGCUAGAGACCCUCAACCUCCAGAACAACCGCCUGACAUCCAGAGGGCUCCCGGAGGAGGCGUUCGAACACCUGAACAACCUCAAUUACCUGUACCUGGCAAACAACAAGCUGACCCUGGCACCCCGAAUCCUGCCCAACACCCUUGUCAGUGUGGACUUUGCUGCCAACUAUCUCACGAAAAUCUACGGGCUCACCUUUGGGCAGAAGCCAAAUCUGAGGUCUGUGUACCUGCACAACAACAAGCUGGCAGAUGCUGGGCUGCCUGACAACAUGUUCAAUGGCUCGGGCAACGUGGAGAUCCUCAUCCUGUCCAGCAACUUCCUGCGCCAUGUACCCAAGCACCUGCCACCUGCCCUCUACAAGCUGCACCUCAAGAACAACAAGCUGGAGAAGAUUCCACCAGGUGCCUUCAGUGAGCUGAGCAGCCUGCGUGAGCUCUACCUGCAGAACAACUACCUGACCGACGAGGGCCUGGACAAUGAGACUUUCUGGAAACUCUCCAGCCUGGAGUACCUGGACCUCUCCAGCAAUAACCUGUCGCGGGUGCCAGCGGGGCUGCCCCGCAGCCUGGUACUCCUACACCUGGAGAAGAACGCCAUCCGCAGCGUGGACGCCGAUGUGCUGACGCCCAUCCGCAACCUGGAGUACCUGCUGCUCCAUAGCAACCAGCUUCAGGCUCCCGGCAUCCACCCACUCGCUUUCCAGGGCCUGAAGCGGCUGCACACGGUGCACCUGUACAACAAUGCGCUGGAGCGCGUGCCCAGCGGCCUGCCCCGCCGCGUGCGCACUCUCAUGAUGCUGCACAACCAGAUCACGGGCAUCGGCCGCGACGACUUCGCCACCACCUACUUCUUGGAGGAGCUCAACCUCAGCUACAACCGCAUCACCAGCCCCCAGGUGCACCGCGACGCCUUCCGCAAGCUGCGCCAGCUGCGCUCGCUGGACCUGUCUGGCAACCGCCUGCAGACGCUUCCUCCGGGGCUGCCCCGCAACGUGCAUGUGCUGAAGGUUAAGCGCAACGAGCUGGCCGCCUUGGCCAGGGGGUCCCUGGCUGGCAUGGCCCAGCUCCGUGAGCUUUUCCUUACUGGAAACCGGCUGCGUAACCGCGCCCUUGGAACCCGGGCCUGGGCUGACCUGGAGCAUCUGCAGCUGCUGGACAUUGCAGGGAAUCAGCUCACAGAAAUCCCCAUUGGGCUCCCCGAGUCGCUCCAGUACCUGUACCUACAGAACAAUAAGAUCAGCGCGGUGCCUGCCGAUGCCUUCCAGACCACGCCCAACCUCAAGGGGGUCUUUCUCAGGUUUAACAAGCUAGCAGUGGGCUCGGUGGAGGAGAGCGCCUUCCGGAGGCUGAGGCAUCUGCAGGUCCUGGACAUCGAAGCCAACUUUGAACCUGGGGCUUCCAAGGAGCAAGGCCGACAGGAGGAGGAAGCAGAGGAGGAGGACAAAGACGAGGAUGAGGAGGAUGAGGAUGAGGAAGUGCGAUAG